UUCCACCGUCCAAAUUCAUUGAGCUACAUAAGCUCUCUUGAUCGGUAAGAAUUUCGGCUAUGCUACAUCCUUAGUGGAUCCCACCAUUUGGACGUCCAGAUUGACUUACACAUCCCACGUGAACGGUAGAUGAAACACCACAACUUAAAAAUUGAAAAUGAAAUCGUGAUGGUGGUGAUGUUAUUAAUAGUAAUUACAAUGGUAAAUUCCAAUAAUAGGAGAAAACACAGUCAUAUAUUCUCUUGUUUUGAAAGACCAGUUCCUUUAACUUCAAUUCAAGGCCCACCAAUCAUUUCAAUCUUAAAGAAAAAAAAAUGGCAUCAUCGUUUCUGUCUCUCUUCUUAUUAUCAGCCGUUGGUUGUGUCCUGAUCGGAUCAGCAAUCGCAACCGAGCAUCAAGUCGGGGACAAAGCUGGGUGGACCCUCCCCCCAAAUCCAUCCUUUUAUGAGGAGUGGGCCAAAACGAAGAAAUUCGUCGUGGGCGAUGUAUUGGUGUUCGAAUACAAGACAAGUGUGCACAACGUGCUAGAGGUGACGAAGGAUGAUUUCGAUUCAUGCACGCAGUUUAAGCCAAUUGCAAUGUACUACAAGUCGCCGACAAAAAUUACACUGAAGGAACCCGGCCAACAUUUCUUCUACUGUGGUGUCGGUAUCCACUGCGAGGGUGCCCAGAAGCUCGUUAUCAACGUUGAGUAACAGUGAUUUUUUAUUUUUAUUUUUUGGGUGCAUUUGGUUGUAACAAAUAUCAUGAAAUUUCUUGCUAUCUUGCAUCAAAUUAGAUUGGUUGAUGAUUGUAACAAUAACAAGUCCAUGUUUUGGAUUGUAAUUUGCCAUUGAGAUUUGAUAAAAUGUUAAUGGUGACAAUGUAUAACAUUUGAUGAGCGGUUGACAUUUUUUUGUCUCGCAUUUCCACACUAUAACGUGUUUAUUUCAUGUCUCCAAAAACAUGGACCAGCAUAUCAAUGGUCUGGAUCACUAAAUAGUGGGGAUUGUUUGUAAGGAUUGGAAGCUGGAUGUACA